AUGGGUUGUAGGGUUACCAAAAAUAAGAAAUAAUUAAAGGAUUUAGAUUAUUUUAUGAAUAUACUUGAUAAAAACAAAACUGAUGAUGAAACAAAGAUUUAAGAAAAAAAUAAAUUAUUUUAAAUUACAAAGAAUCCAAUAUUUCAAAGGAGACUAUCAUAAAAAAAAGAGAACUCUUUGACCAAAUAAACAUACUCUUAUUUAGAAAGAAAUAAUUUAACUUUAAGGGCUUGUGAAUAUUUAUGA